AUGGCUUCUGAAUUGAGCUCUGUAGAGGGCGUCUGUGAAGGAGACGAGUGUAAGGCGAAUACAGAUCUGACUUUCUAUGUGAAGGAGAAGAAGAAGCUCUGCCAUGACUGCGCCUCCAAAAAGGAAUGCUUCGGACCAAGAAAGGGUGGGCCUAAUCUGUAUUGUGAGAAACAUGGUAAAGAUAUUGAUUUGUAUUGCAAAACACAUGGCGUAGCUUUAUGUGUUUCAUGCGCUAUGAUAGAUCACGUUGAAAAGCCGUGCAUGCGACAGGAUAUAGAUGAUGCAAUCAUGGACAAUAAAGCAAAGCUCAACAUUCUGAAGGAAAAGGCGAUGGAGAAGUUACAGUUAUGUCGAGUCCAUGGAAAGCACAUUAGUCAGUGUAGACAAUCCGCAGACGAACAUCUGCAAAGUAUCAAAGAUGAGGUGGAUUCCGUAAUAGAAAAGGCGAUUGCAAGAGACAAAGUCAGGGAACAGGAGGAUGCUGCUAAAAUCGACCAGGAGAUUGAUGGGAAAAACCAAAAACUCAAAGAAGAGAUUCGAAAGAACAAUGAGGAGAGAAACAAGCGACAUGAUGAAAACAAAACAAAUGCAGAGAAAAGACAAGAACCAAUAGAUAAUAAACAUCGCGAUCUCUAUGCUGACAUUCAGAACAUCGCUCAAGAGAUCGAGAGAAAGAUUGGCGAGUUGGAGAAAUCAUGGCAAGAUGACACAAAAACUACAGAGAAUGCAAACCAGACACUUGACACAGUACUCGUAGACGAUCAAAACAUUGUCAAAGACGGGCAUCGUGUGAAUACAUCAGUGAGUGAUGAACUUAAAAAGCCACUGAAUGAGGGUGAGGUGAAAGAAAUCAAUCGUGUUGUAUCAUGUGUGAGGUUUGUGAAGGGUGUUGGGAGGUAG